UGCAUCUCUACUUCACAGAGAUUGCUAAUGCUGAGUUGAAAUUUUAGAUCUGUGCGUCUGAUGAAGAAUGACACCAUGAACUUCCAGAAAUUCCCCUAUACCAAUGAAGAUGAAGCCUGGAAAACCUACCUGGAGAACCCCUUGACUGCAGCCACCAAAGCUAUGAUGAGGGUGAACGGAGAUGAUGACAGCGUGGCUGCCCUGAGCCUCCUCUAUGACUACUACAUGGUCCCAAAGGAGAAGAGGAUUCUUCCAUCUGGUAUGAUGGGACGCAAUGAACUAGGAAAGAGGCACUGCCACGGAAUGGAGUACGACCCAGAGAUUGCAUCCUUUGAUGGCUCAGCCCAUCUCAUGAAGCUCUUGUCUGAAAAUGUUUCCAUGACCCAAGAAUAUUGUGAGCCACAGAAGAAGAACGGCUUAAGUCUUGAAGGUGUCCCUACUCCUCACAAGCCAGCCAUGCUUCCACCAGGCACUAGCAAGCUGGAUGCCACCCCAGACAACUACAUGGUCCCGCCAGGGGAUGUAUACGACAACAGCUCAUUGAACUCCCUCUUCGAGACCAUCCCCGUAGCCCCACCACAGCAGAGGUGGCAGCCAGACAGCACUUUCAAAGAGGAUCCCCAGGAGUCGCUACUCUUCAGUGAUAUCCUCAAACCCCAGCCAGAGCCACCUUGCCCUGAGAGUUAUGCUACGGACGGUGUUAAGAGUGACUUUGAAUACACUCUGGGGUCACCCAAAGCCAUUCACAUCAAAUCUGGGGACUCUCCCAUGGCCUACCUCAACAAAGGACAGUUCUACCCCAUCACGCUGCGGACAGCUGGAGACAGCAAAUGUUUACACUUGUCCUCAAAUAAAGUGAAGAGUGUUGUGAUGAUUGUUUUUGACAACGAAAAGAUCCCGACGGAGCAGCUCAAGUUCUGGAAGCACUGGCAUUCCCGCCAGCCCACGGCCAAGCAGAGGGUCAUUGACGUUGCUGACUGUAAAGAAAACUUCAACACAGUGCAGAACAUCGAGGAGUUAGCCUACAAUGCACUGUCCUUCGUGUGGAACAUCCACGAAGAAGCAAAGGUAUUUAUUGGGGUGAAUUGCCUGAGCACUGACUUCUCCUCCCAGAAAGGAGUGAAAGGUGUCCCGCUCAACCUCCAGAUAGACACUUAUGACUAUGGCAAUGGAACCAGCCAGCUGGUGCACCGCGCCGUCUGCCAGAUCAAGAUAUUCUGCGAUAAGGGAGCAGAGAGGAAAAUGCGAGAUGAUGAAAGGAAGCAGUUCAGAAGGAAAGGAAAAUGCCUGGACUCCAAUAACAAUGGUCUGAAAGGCUGUUUGCUCUCUGGCUUCAGAGGGAAUGAAAUCACGUUCCUGAGGCCAGAGACUGACCUCGAAACCCAGCCAGUCCUGUUUAUCCCCAACGUCCAUUUUUCAAACCUGCAGAGGUGUGGCACGGUGCUCCCUCCUGCUGUUCCCAACUCUGCAAACAGGCUGCCCUUAAAACGGAGUGGUGCCUCAUUCACAGAUGAGUUUGACCCAAUACCUCCAAAGCAAACCAAGGAAGAAGAUCCUCAGAGAGUCUUGUUGUACGUGCGGAGGGAGUCAGAGGAAGUGUUUGAUGCUCUCAUGUUGAAGACACCAGAUCUCCAGGGCCUCAGAACAGCUAUUUCAGAAAAAUAUGGGCUUCCUGAAGAAAGCAUUUAUAAAGUCUACAAAAAAUGCAAAAGAGGGAUCCUGGUGAACAUGGACAACAACAUCAUCCAGCACUACAGCAACCACAUGGCCUUUCUCCUGGACAUGGUGGAAGCAGAGGACAAGUUCCAGAUCAUCCUCAAGGAGCUAUAA